GGGGCGAGGAGAGGGUGUCGCUGGACACAGCCCCGCGCACUUUGCAGGUUUACAGAGGUAGGGUCAUGGAAUCGGGCGCUUCUUGGACGGAGCGUAUCUCCACUACCUGCGCCUUCACCUAGGUGGGUCCCUUCGAGAAAAACCAACAGUGGACGGAUCACAGGGAGGGAAGCAAGUUUGUAGACCAGUUUCAAAACGCGUGCGUCACGCCCGCGGGGACCGGAAACCCGGUGGAGCUAUGUGUGCUGCGAUUGGCCGGAGCGGCUCGGAGUCCCCAGGGCCGGAAGUGCGCUGCGGUACCAUGACUACGGGCGCGGGCGCUCCACUUCCGAACGCGAGCGCAGCGUACUGUUCCCAUGGCAACGCCAUUGUCUCCGGGGCCGAGCCCGGGAGGCCUAGGAGAAAAGCAUCCCUGGCAGAGCGUCUCGCUACCGCAAAGCGACAGAACGAGCUCGCCCAAGUCCGGGAGCUUGACGCCGCCCUCGGAAGCCGAGCCCCGGCGAGGAAGAAGAUGCGAGCCAGCCCCAUCCGCAUUCCAACCGUCAACAAUGACAGUGACUGGGACUCAUGCUUCCAUUUGUCACAGCAAACCAGUGACCUAGCACACCAGCAAACAGAUGACUUGUAUCCCACUGAGGGUUCUGGAGAGAGUGAAGAAGACACUACAUCCAAGGAGGAGGAGAAGAUCAUAGACUGCAUGUCUCUUCCCGAAGACAAAUUAGCCCAAUCCCAGAAGAAAACAGCUGUGCUGAUUAAGGAAAACAUGAAUACUCAAGCAAACCGGGAGCUGAUUCGCUGUGUCAUCCUUUCUCGGAUUAUUUUUGGGGAAAAACAUUGGAAAUGUGCACAGGCUUUGGCUAACCUGGCUCACGGCUACCUGACGCUGAGAGGCCUCCCAGCUCAGGCCAAGAAACAUGCUGAGUCAGCCAGGAGCACGCUGCUGACCUGGAAGGUAAACACAACCUCAAACAGGGAGGCAAAGGAAAUUGUGGAAACGCUGAUCAUGCUCUACUACACUCUGGGAGUAGCCUGGCUCCUGCAGAACCAUGGCAGAGAGGCCUAUUUCAACCUGCAGAAGGCAGAGAGAAGCAUGAAGGAACUCAAAGAAUUAGAUAAGGGACGCAUUGGUAGAUUACGAGUCUCAGAGAAAGACAUAACAAUUGCUUUGGGCAGAGCCUCCUUGGCCAUCCAGAGGUUGAACCUAGCCCUGGCAUACUUUGAAAAGGCAAUUGGCAACGUCAUUGCUAGCAAGGGUGAAAAGACAUCCGAUCUGAUCAGCCUGUAUGAGGAAGUUGCUCAGAUUGAGCAGCUGAGGAGGAACCAUGAGCAGGCCAUCCAGUACUUGCAGCAGGCCUAUUCCAUCUGUGUGUCUGUUUUCACGGAAGUCAGCCCGAGAACCGCAGAGGCGAGUGCAUUACUAGCCAAAGCUUAUGCCAUGUCUGGAGAGGCCCAGCGCAGGGAUGCUGUUGAACUAUAUUUUAUAAAAAGUAUCACUGCAUACCAAGCAACGCUGGGCACAGAGGAUUCUGAAACACUAACAACCAUUGAGGAAUUUUGCCAGUGGCUUGUCCAAAAUGGGGAAAACCGAUGUCUGAUGAUUCAAGUCUUUGUAUAUGGAAGUGAGCACUGUAAAAGCAGAGAGACAAAACAGCUCCUCACCCUGCUGCAAAGGUGGGUUCUGAACUUGGCCAUCUACCAGGUCAUCAGUGUGGAUAUUAUGGCCUCUCCUAGAUUGAUCCAGUUAGGGCUGAUUCACCUCUGUCAUUCUUGCGAGUAAGGAAGAAUGUCUAUCUGUAUUAUGGAUCUGAUGAGAUCCUAUA